GGCUGGGCGGUGCCUCUUCUUCCUCCCGCGCGCCCAGCGGAGCCGGAGCCCGAGCUGUGCGGAGACCCGCUGUGGGCCGGCAGUCCGCGGUUCCUGACCCGGCUCCUGACCCGACGCGGACCGAGCGCUGGCCUAAUAUACCCGCCCUCCGCCGCCGUCCCCUCCCGUUCAGCAAGAUGUCGGUGAAGGAGGGCGCGCAGCGCAAGUGGGCAGCGCUGAAGGAGAAGCUGGGGCCUCAGGACUCGGACCCCACGGAGGCCAACCUGGAGAGCGCUGAGCCCGAGCUGUGCAUCCGGCUCCUGCAGAUGCCCUCCGUGGUCAACUACUCGGGGCUGCGCAAGCGGCUGGAGAGCAGCGACGGUGGCUGGAUGGUGCAGUUCCUGGAGCAGAGCGGCCUGGACCUCCUGCUCGAGGCCCUGGCGCGCCUGUCGGGCCGCGGCGUGGCCCGCAUCGCUGACGCCCUGCUGCAGCUCACCUGCAUCAGUUGUGUGCGUGCCGUCAUGAACUCCCAGGAGGGCGUCCAGUACAUCCUCAGCAACCAGGCCUACGUGCGCCAGCUCUCCCAGGCUCUGGACACGUCCAACGUGAUGGUCAAGAAGCAGGUGCUGGAGCUGCUAGCGGCCCUGUGCGUCUACUCGCCCGAGGGCCACGCCCUCACCCUGGACGCCCUGGACCAUUACAAGACGGUGUGCAGCCAGCAGUACCGCUUCAGCGUCAUCAUGAACGAGCUCUCGGACAGUGACAACGUGCCCUAUGUGGCCACCCUGCUCAGCGUGGUCAACGCCAUCAUCCUGGGCCCCGAGGACGUCCGUGCCCGCGCCCAGCUGCGCAGCGAGUUCAUUGGGCUGCAGCUGCUGGACGCUCUGAUGCGGCUGCGAGACCUGGAGGACGAGGACCUGCUAAUCCAGCUGGAGGCCUUCAGGGAGGCCAAGGCCGAGGACGAGGAGGAACUGCUGCGGGUCUUCGGGGGCAUCGACAUCAACAGCCACCAGGAGGUCUUCGCCUCCCUCUUCCACAAGGUGAGCUGCUCCCCAGCGUCUGCCCACCUGCUGUCCGUGCUGCAGGGCCUCCUGCAUCUGGAGCCCACCGUCCGCUCCAGCCAGCUGCUCUGGGAGGCCCUGGAGAGCCUGGUGAACCGGGCCGUGCUCCUGGCCAGUGACACCCAGGAGUGCACCCUGGAGGAGAUGGUCGAGCGGCUCCUGUCCAUCAAGGGGUGGCCCCGCCCGCGCUCCCUGGACAAGGCCCAUAAGGGCGUCCAGGUCAACCUCGGCCAGAGUCAAAGGGGCAGCUCCCCCCAAAACACCGGUGCCCCGACGGUGGGGGUCGGGGGCCAGCAGCCAGCGGCAGCCCUCGCUGGCCUGCACGUUGCCAGCGUCCAGGGCGAGAGUGGCAGGAUGGCGCCACAGCCCACAGCCCCGGAGCAGCUGGAGGCCACCCCGCCCCCAGCUGCAACCCCCCUCCCUGGCACCGCAACCUGUCCCCCACCCCCGCCCCCGCCCCCCCCACCUCCUCCACCCCCGCCCCUGCCAAGCCUGGGGGCCGCGUUCCCCUCACCCCCACCUCCUCCACUGCCUGGCCCUAGUGGGACCAUACCCCUCCCGCCUCCACUCCCAGGCCUGGGGUGCCCACCCCCGCCCCCGCCCCUGCCGGACACCUCCAGGCCCCCUGCGGCGGGCGGCGCGGAGGAGAUCAUCGUGGCCCACGUGGGCCACAGCCUGGGCUCCGCCUGGGUCCCCAGCCACCGGCGGGUGCACCCCCCCACCCUGCGCAUGAAGAAGCUGAAUUGGCAGAAGCUGCCGUCCACCGUGGCCCGCGAGCGCAGCUCCAUGUGGGCGUCACUGAGCAGCCCGGACGCUGAGGUGGUGGAGCCUGACUUCUCCAGCAUCGAGCGGCUCUUCUCCUUCCCCGUGGCCAAGCCCAAGGAACAAGCAGUGGCCCCAGCCAGGAAGGAGCCCAAGGAGAUCACUUUUCUGGACUCCAAGAAGAGCCUGAACCUCAACAUCUUCCUGAAGCAGUUUAAAUGCUCCAACGAGGAGCUCACCGCUAUGAUCCGGGCUGGGGACACCAGCAAGUUUGACGUGGAGGUCCUCAAGCAGCUCCUCAAGCUCCUUCCCGAGAAGCACGAGAUUGAAAACCUGCGCUCCUUCACAGAGGAUCGGGCCAGGCUGGCCAGCGCUGACCAGUUCUACCUACUCCUGCUGGGCAUCCCCUGCUACCAGCUCCGGGCCGAGUGCAUGCUGCUGUGUGAGGGUACGGCCGUUGUGCUGGACAUGGUGCGGCCCAAGGCCCAGCUGCUGCUCGCCGCCUGCGAGAGCCUGCUCGCCAGCCACCGGCUGCCCGUCUUCUGCCUGCUGGUCCUGAAAAUCGGGAACUUCCUCAACUACGGCAGCCACACCGGGGACGCUGACGGCUUCAAGAUGAGCACGCUGCUGAAGCUCACAGAGACCAAGGCCCAGCAGAGCCGCGUCACGCUGCUGCACCACGUGCUGGAGGAGGUGGAGGAGAGCCACCCGGACCUCCUGCAGCUGCCCCAGGACCUGGAGCCGGCCUCCCGAGCGGCAGGGAUAAACCUUGAGAUCAUCCACUCGGAGUGCAGCACUAACCUGAAGAAGCUUCUGGAGAUGGAACGGAAGGUGUCUUCCUCCAUCCCAGAGGUGCAGGAGCAGUACUCCCAACGCCUCCAGGCCAGCAUCACGGCCUCCCAGGAGGUGGAGGAGGUGUUCCAGGCCAUCAAGCAGAAGCAGCUGGAACUGGCCGCCUACCUGUGUGAGGACGCCCAGCAGCUGUCCCUGCAGGACACGCUCAGCACCAUGAAGGCCUUCCGGGACCUCUUCAUCCGCGCCCUGCAGGAGAACAAGGACCGGAAGGAACAGGCGGCCAGGGCUGAGAGGAGGAGGCAGCAGCUGGCGCAGGAGGAGGAGGCCCGGAGGCUGCGGGGCGAGGCCGGGAAGCCUGUCAGGAAGGGAGGCGGGAAGCAGGAAGAGGUGUGUGUCAUCGACGCCUUGCUGGCUGACAUCAGGAAGGGCUUCCAGCUGCGCAAGACGGCCCGUGGCCGAGGGGACACCGAGGCGGCCAGCAGGGCGGCUGCCGCAGACCCCCCGAGGAGCAAGGCACCUGCGGCCACCAGGGACGCCGUGGGAGGCAGCAGCCUCCCCACCUCUGAGCCUGGUCCCGACGCUGCAGCGGCCAAGGAGCCCCACGGCUGGGCUCUCGCGGAUGCCGCCCCCAGCAGCGCCCAGCCCAUUGGAGACUCAUCAGAGAAGGGUGGUCCUGGGUCCCUGGAGAGGCGUUCUUCCUGGUACAUGGAUGCCAGUGAUUUCCUGGCCACCGAGGACCCCUUGGGCCCCCAGCCCUCUGCAGGGGCCUGGCCAUUGGUGCUGGGAGACACUCAGGCCCUGAAGCCCCUCAACUUCUCCAGUGACAAGCCCUCCACAGCAAUGGGUUUGAGCCAAGACACCGAGGAACCCACGGCCCCUCCGGGCGCCCACCAGGCCGAGGCUGACACCACACGCGAGGGCGCGGAGGACGCAGCUGCCCACGGCCGCGGUGCUGGCCUCCCUGCUGCAGGCCGGGGCGGGGACGGAGACGAAGAUGAGGAGCGCACAGCCCCAGACUCCGCUCUGGACACCUCCCUGGACAGGUCCUUCUCCGAGGAUGCCGUGACUGACUCGUCAGGGUCUGGCACCCUCCCCAGGGCCCAGGGCCGGACGUCAAAGGGCACGGGCAAGCGAAGGAAGAAGCGCCCCUCCAGGAGCCAGGAAGGCCUCAGGCCCCGGCCCAGAACCAAGUGAGAGGACCCACAGCAGGACCACUGGACGUGCUGCCGAGCAGGGCUCCUCCGGGGCCAGGCUGGGACCGGCCCCCGGGAAACCAAAACUCUGUGCCUUACCCAGCCAGUGCCGCGGUCUCCCGGAGCCCUGGCAGGGGCUUGUGGCUGGGACCCCAACGGACACUGGAGCCCGGCCCGCCUGGCGCCUUCCUGGCCCGCCUGAAUGCCCCCAGCCCCUCGCGGUUUGCUUUCCAAACGCAGAUGCCCAGCCCUGACCCCACACCGCAUGCACCACGGCGCCCGCCCACAGCCUGCAGGGGGCAGGGUCAGGUGGCUGCAGGCCCGGGCACCGCUGAGCUUGUGACCUGGCACCCAGCUGCUUCUGGGGACAGGCCCUCACAGACCCCCUCCCCCUGAAGCUGCAGUUAGCCGGUGGGGGGUGGGGGGGACUGAAGCCCCGGCGCCACAGCUCGUCCCCCCAGGCCACUCAGUUGGUCUGAAGCAGUCGUGUUUAACUGAAAUGGGAUUGUUGAUGCGUUUCUACAGUUCUGUGGUGGCCGAGUCGGGGAUAGGUAGGUAGGUGAGAGGACCCCAGGGCCUUUGGGUAGAGGCAGGCUGUCUGGCAGUGCAUGGGAGGGCCAGCAUCCCUCUACUCAUCAGGGGGGGACCCCACGGAGCUGACACCCAUCCUAGCAUCUCCAGCCCUGAGGUGGGGAGGGGUCUGCCCUUGUGGCCACAGCCGAGACCUGGUCCCCUCGUCGACAACACGACCCGCCCUGCGAACUGCUGCUCCCACCUCCAGACCCGGCUGGGCUGAGGGGAGGCCAGGAUCCAGGCCUAGGGGACCGGACGGAUCUAGCCAGAGGGGCUGCCGCCUCUCGUCUCUGACCCCAUGGGCCCCCUGCCUGCACUGCGCCCCCGCCCACCCCCCACCCCCCCACCGUGUGCUGCUGAGACUGGAGGAACUUUGGCCAAUAAAGAGCAAAGCUUGCCCAGAA